AUUCCGAACUUUCAAGGAAGUAGAAACGUAACACACCUCCUUCGCCGGCUCUCUCAGUAGUCGGGUACUCACAGCAGCCGAAAGAGAAGAGAGGAGAGAGAAAGAGAUGAAUGCGCCGGAUCGAUACGAACGAUUCGUGGUUCCUGAAGGCGUAACGAAAGUUUCGUAUGAGAGAGACACCAAAAUCAUAAAUGCCGCUUCUUUCACCAUUGAAAGAGAAGAUCACACCAUUGGCAACAUCCUUCGCAUGCAAUUGCACAGAGACCCAAAUGUCCUUUUUGCAGGUUACAAGCUUCCUCAUCCUCUUCAGUACAAAAUUCUUGUCAGGAUUCACACGACAAGUCAGUCUUCACCAACUCAGGCAUACAAGCAAUCUAUUAAUGACCUGGACAAGGAGCUUGACUGUCUGAAAAGUGCAUUUGAGGCUGAGGUAACAAGAUUUGCAAGUGAAUACUGAUCCAAGCCUGUGAAACACAAUGUUCUGUUUGAUGCAUAAAUGAAUAUCGAAGGAAGAUAGUCUAGUGAUUUGUAUUUAGUUAGAUGACGUCGUUUAUUGUUGGUCGAGACUCAAAUCUCCUAUGCUAGUUUGUCAAUGAAAUCUCCUUGGCUUUGAUGGGGAGAAUCACCUUUGAAUGCAUCUCAUGUCCUUGGCAGCAGAAGCUACCAUAUCUUUUUAAUAUAGUUUGAUGGUUCACUUAUAA